AUGGAAAAAACUUAUAUGAAACCCAAGGAGGGGUCAGAGCUGGUCAGCAUGCCAUCCUGGAUGGACAAAGGCGUGGGCUCACAGAGUGGGAUGAAGGAGGAGGAGCGACCAGCGACGUAUGGGAUGGUCCGCAGCUUAACUGAAGAACAUGAAAGUAUCGAGGAGGAAGAAGAGGAGGAAGAGGAUGGAGAGAAGCCCAAACGGAGGGGUCCCAAGAAAAAGAAAAUGACGAAAGCUCGUCUUGAGAGAUUCAGGGCUCGAAGGGUGAAAGCCAACGCUCGAGAACGGACUAGAAUGCAUGGCCUGAAUGACGCUCUCGAUAACCUGAGGAGAGUCAUGCCUUGUUACUCGAAGACCCAGAAGCUCUCUAAGAUAGAGACGCUCAGGCUGGCCAGGAACUACAUUUGGGCUUUGUCUGAGGUCCUGGAAACUGGCCAGACCCCCGAAGGGAAGGGCUUCGUGGAGAUGCUCUGCAAAGGGCUCUCACAGCCCACGAGUAACCUGGUGGCUGGAUGCCUCCAGCUGGGCCCCCCGUCCAUCCUUCUGGAGAAGCGUGAGGAGAAAUCACCUAUUUGUGACUCUGUCAUUUCUGUCCACAACUUCAACUAUCAGUCUCCUGGGCUCCCCAGCCCUCCUUAUGGCCACAUGGAAACACAUCUUAUUAAUCUCAAGCCCCCGGUGUUCAAGAGUUUGGGAGCGUCAUCCUUUGGGAGCCACCCCCCAGACUGCAGUACCCCUCCGUAUGAGGGCCCACUCACGCCACCCCUGAGCAUCAGUGGGAACUUCUCCUUGAAGCAAGAUGCCUCUCCUGACCUGGAUAAGUCCUACAGCUUCAUCACGCAGUACCCCACUGCAAGUCUAAGCUCGGGGCAUGUGCAUUCAAACCCCUUUCAGGCCGGUACCUCUCGCUAUGAGGUUCCCAUAGAUAUGUCCUAUGACUCCUACCACCACCAAGGAAUUGGGGCCCAAAUGAAUACAAUAUUCACUGAUUAG